UUCACGAACAUUUCCGAUAUUGAACGAAUGGGUACGAUGAUUACGAAUUCAUGGCCGACAAAAGAUGUCAGGAAUAAACAAUGAUGCAAAGAUCUACAUCAUGAUUUCUUGGCCUUCGCUGGGAGUUAAGAGAUGAGUUCGAAGGAGCAGUCAAAUGAAGGUUUAAAUGAUCGAGAUGUUGAAUUUUAUUAUCGACCAGGAGGAAAAAGAACAGAUGGGUUAAAGGCAGCAGAUAUUGUGCCCAUUUUACGGGAACGGGUAGCCUAUCUCUCAGGUGGAAGAGAUAGACGAGGAGGGGCUAUAUUGACGUUUCCCUCUCUCACCCACCCAGAAAAACUGGACACGGAUGACUUGAGACGUCUUAUGACCUAUUUGGCUAGUGUUCCGAGCAAUGAAGUACGAGAGAGGGGGUUUACCAUGAUCCUUGACAUGAGAGGGUCAACAUGGCAGAUAGUCAAACCCAUUUUAAAAGUACUUCAGGACUGUUUUCCUGACAGUAUAAACAUUGCUUACAUAAUCAAACCAGAGAAAUUUUGGGAGAAGAAGAGAACUAGUCUUGGAAGUGCCAAAUACAACUUCGAAACAUGUAUGAUCUCAGUGGAUGGUUUAGGAAAGUUCAUUGACUGUUCACAACUGACUCGAGAAUUUGAAGGAAGUUUGGAAUACAAUCAUGAACAGUGGAUACAGUUGAGAUUGAUGCUAGAAGAAUUCAUCUGGAAAGCUCUAGAUUUACUGGACAAAUUGGAUGACCUUGGUGAGAUUCUAACUAAUCCUGAGCUGCCUGAAGAUUUGAGCGGUGCUCAGUACCGCCUGGAAGAACACAAUCAUCUAAAAAGGAGGGUCCAGAUGGCUCCUGUGGAGCAGCUUGCAAUGGAGGGUCACAGAAUACUGCAGGAAAUCACUGGGGAGGGUCAACAACAAGGUCGAAGAUUUGUGAUCUCAGGAACAGCUGAUUUUCAGAGUUCUGUGCCCCAGAUAUCCCAGCUUCUGGACAGGAUGCAUGGCACUAAACAGCACCUCAAUCAGUUAUGGCAGGUCAAACGACUCCGCCUGGAACAGUGUCUACAACAGAGGAUAUUUGAGGAAGAUGUUGAGAAGAUGUUUGAUUGGAUUGCCAACAACAGAGAUUUGUUCCUAGUCAAUUACACAGAAAUAGGGAACUCCCACCAGAUGGCAGUAGAGCUGAACAGUGAACACACCCAGUUUGCCAAUAGUGCUGUGAAUGUGUAUGUAAACAUUAAGAGAAUACUGGGAAUGGCACAACGCUUAUGUGAUGCUGGACACUAUGCAUCAAACACUAUUCGUAUGCAGGCAGGACAGUUAGAGAGGGAGUGGAAAAGUCUGGCAGCAGCAGUGGAGGAUCGAAGUGUGGUGUUGAACAUGUCUGUUAACUUCUACAAAAAAGCAGAACAGUACUUGGCCCAGGUAUCAGGGUGGAGACAGGCUUGUGAAGAUGACCAUCUACCGUCUGAAAUUGAAGAGUUGGAAAUGGCUCUACAUCAGCACCAGAAUCUGACAGAAGUCAUUUCACAGUGUUAUACCGAUGUUUGUCGAGAUGGGAAACAGCUGUUGGAGACUUUACAGACACCAGUGACCUCUAGCAGCAUCAACAGUAUCACAGCCAAGGCAGACUACUCUGAGGCUUCAGGUCAUGUGCUGGAUGUCAUUCAUGAUGUUUUAGCCCACCAGAGACACUUAGAACAAAUGUGGCAUUCUAAGCGGGUAAAACUUCACCAGAGAUUGGGCCUGAGGUUGUUUCAGCAGGAUGUUAAACAGGUCAUAGAUUGGCUGGAAAAUCAUGGGGAUGUCUUUCUGAAGAAAAAUACUUCAAUUGGUCGAAGUUUACAGAGAAGUAAAGCCUUACAGAAGAGUCACCAGCACUUUGAGACAGUUGCUAAAAAUACUAUAACCAAUGCAGACAAGCUGUUGUCAGCAGCAGAUGAACUUGCCCACACUGGAGAAUGUGACCCCAAGGAAAUCUACCGAGAGGCCCAGGAUUUACAGCAGAGAAUGGGCAAUUUCCUGACUGCCCUAGAGCGGCGCAAGGCCACCAUCCAAAUGGCUGUAGACUUUUAUACACAUGUUCAUGAGUUGACUUCGUGGUUGGAGGACCUGCAGCAGGAGUUACAUAGUUCUGAGAUCGCUGACACUGUAGAGGGCGCCGAACAACUACUGGACCAAUUUAACCAGCAAAGGGAAAUAACUAUAGAAUCAGCCAUAAACACUGUCAGUGAGGGAGAAAAUCUGUUAGAAGAAAUAAGGGUAUUUAGUGCUGAACCUGACAAAAUUAACCAGAAUGCGGAUUAUACUCAUAUUGAAGGUGUCCUGAGACAGUUGAAUGAUAGUAGGACACAGCUGGAAGAAUUAUGGGCCAACAGAAAAAUGAAGCUGGAUCUUUGUCUGCAACUCAGGCUUUUCGAAAGAGAUGCUUUGGAGGUAUCCUCCCAGUUAGAACUUUGGGCAGAAGAACUCCAGCACCAGGAUCUGAUGUCAGAUGGAGCCAAAUCCGAACAGCAGCUCCAGAUCCACAAUGAUAGUGUGCUGCACAUGCAGAACUGUACGUACGAUGUUCUCCAGCGGGGACAGGACAUAAUCCAGAUAUUUGAGACCAGCGGAAUCCAGCUGAUGGCAGAUCCUCAGUAUGAUGCCCAGUCCAGGAUUCAGGCACUGAUGGAGUACCUCCGAGAAAGAGAGCUGGAUCUAGAGACCAUCGCUGAGUCCAAAAGGCAGAGGCUGGAACAAGGUGUACAGUUGCAGAAUUUUGAAGUGGAGGCCAGACAGGUGAUUUACUGGAUAGAGAAUGGAAAGUCAAUGUUGGUCAGCAGCUUCAUUUGUCCAAACUCACUGAUGGAGGCAGAUCAACUAAGAAAAGAACAUGAGCAGUUUAUGUUAGCUAUUGAGAAAACCAAUAUAAGUAUGGCUCAAGUGACAAAUCGAGCAGAGAAUAUGAUUCAAAGCAACCAUUACAACUCAGACUUGGUGAGAGCCAUAGCUGAAAAUGUGACAGUUGCCUGGCAACAGUUGAUGUACCACACAGAGGAGAGACACAAGUUGGUGAUGGCCUCCAUGAACUGGUACAAAACUGCUGAACAGGUAUGGUCUGUGUUGGAGAGUCUAGAGAGGGACUAUAGGAGAGAUGAGGACUGGUGUUCUAAUGAGCGAGUUGCAGCUCAAGACAAGGCCACAUUUCUCCUACAGCUCAUUAAUAAACACAAUGAACAGAAGGAGGCUUUCCUCAAGGCAUGUACACUUGCCAGAAGAACUGCUGAGGCUUUCUUGAAGUAUGUUAACAGGAAUCUGUACACCUUUGGUGCCCAGAUCAAGUACCGGACUGUGGACCCAGGGAAACAUGUCAAAGCGUGCCUGGACCAACUACUUCAUCAGGAGAACCACGUGAUAGAGAACUGGACCGUAAAGAAGAGGAAGUUAGAACAGUGUCAUCAAUAUGUCUUGUUUGAACAGAGUGCUAGACAGGCUAUAGACUGGAUCUGUGACUAUGGAGAGGCUUAUCUAGAUAGUCAUAAAACUGUGGGGGCUAACCAACAGGAGACUGAGGCCUUACUAAAGGAACACUAUGAAUUCCGAAGUAGAGCCAAGGAGACUAAAGAAAGUGUCAAUCUACUUCUACAACUGGCUGAUGGUUUUGUGGCUAAGGGCAAUCUUCAUGCUGCUAGCAUCAGACAGUGGUGUAAUGCUGUGGACAAGCGGUACAAGGACUUCUCUUCUCGUAUGGAGAAAUACAGGCACAAGUUAGAGUCCAAGCUUGGGGUCAAAGAACAGGUCCCUGAGCCUAAAGAAAAAGAAGAACAGAGACAUAGUGAUUCCUCUUUGGAAGACAAGGUACUGAAUCAGGCCCCGAAAGAACUGACUGAAGAGAAGCGCAGGUCUGCCAGGAAAAGAGAGUUUGUGAUGGCUGAGCUUUUACAAACUGAAAGAACAUAUGUUAAAGAUUUAGAAGUUUGUGUAAAGACCUACUUGAAUGAAGUAAUGGAACCAGACAACAAUGUCCCCCAGGGUAUACUCGGAAAACAUAAAAUCAUUUUUUGUAACUUGGAAGAAAUUUACGACUUCCAUAAAAACAUAUUUUUAAAAGAGUUGGAGAAGUAUGAGACAAUCCCAGAGGAUGUUGGCCAUUGUUUUGUCACAUGGGCUGAAAAGUUUUCCAUUUAUGUGACUUACUGUAGAAACAAACCAGACUCAAAUCAGCUGCUAGUGGAACAUGCUGGUUCAUUUUUCGAGGAGAUACAAGGCAAGCACAAGUUGAAUGAGCCUUUAGCUUCCUACCUGAUUAAACCAGUGCAGAGGAUCACCAAAUAUCAACUGCUGCUCAAAGAUCUCCUGUCCUGUUGUGAGGGUCACGAUGGGGAAAUCAAGAAUUCUUACAAUAGUUUAAGAAAAGCCAUACAGACAAAAGACUCACUGAGGUACUAUGAAAUCCUGGAUGGUCUAGAGGUAAUGAUGAAUGUUCCAAAGAGAGCUAAUGAUGCCAUGCACCUGAGUCUGUUAGAAGGGCUUGAAGAGAAGCCUGAGGCCCUGGGGGAUGUGUUUCUCCAGGACCAGUUCACUGUGUGGGACCCCAAACAGCUGAUCAAGAAAGGCAGGGAUCGCCACCUCUUCCUGUUUGACAUGUGUGUCAUCUUCUCCAAGGAGAUGAAGGACAGCAAUGGCAAGGCUAAAUAUCAAUACAAGUUCAGACUGAUGAUAUCAGAUAUAAAUAUCACAGAACACAUUGAGGGGGAUGAGACCAAGUUUGCCCUGUGGACUGGGAGAGUGCCUAUUUCAGACUACAGAAUCAUCCUCAAAGCUAAAGACCUAGAUACCAAACAAAACUGGGUCAAGAAACUCCGUGAGUUGAUGACGGAGAGAAUGCAAUACAUACCUAAAGCCCUGAAGGAGAAGCCAGCCAUGCUGUUCAAACCCAGUACCAUCAAACCACUCCGGGCCACUAGGGAACAGCUUCUGGCCUUCCCUAAGAGAGACAUAGAGGAUGUGUCCUUUGAUGAUUCUUUGCCCAUUGAGAGAAGAGGAUCCCUAACCUCGAUGAUCUCCAUGACAACCACCAUGACAACAGACAGCAGCAGCAGUGGAGGGGAUACCGUUAGGGGUGAUGUCACUAUUGUUAUGGAGGACUACUCAGCAGGCAACAAUUCUGAGGUGACAGUAACAAAAGGUCAACAUGUAGAAGUCCUAGAUCCAGCACCAAAAGGAGAACCCAACUGGUGCCUAGUCAGGGUGCUAAACAUGGAGGAUGGAGAACCAGCUGAGGGACUGGUCCCUAUAUCUGCCCUUAAACCCAUUCCUGCACUCAAACAGCAUGGAAACAGAGACAGUAUGGGAGAUGAGGAUACUGAGGGAUCCAUAGCUAGUACCUCCCCUGUUCCAAAAAGACGGGCUGCAAGCUUUAAAAAAUGGUUGACAACACCUAAACGGGUCAGUCAGAGCAAGUUGCCAGGUUCCCCAGGGUUUGAGAACAAACCUCGACUACCAAUUAAGCCCCUGCUGCACAGAAAACUGAACUACACAGACAGUCCUGUUACACCCAUAAGUUUUAAAUUGAAGGAACAAGGAGAACAAGAUGUAAUAACAGCCACUAAUGCAGUCCCUAACCACGCUCCAAGGCCCUUACCAUUCAAAGUAUCACAGGAGGCUUCCACAGAGGCAGAGGGGGAUCGGUCCCCAGACGAUACCGAGGAAAUUGCAAUGCCCCCACCAAUGCAGCCAUUUGAUUCUCAUCCUUUGAUCUCAGAAGGGAAUCCUGCUUCCAUUGGGCCAGCGUCAACAGCUACUAUGGAAAAAAUGUUCAAAGACAUGGACAUUAACAAUGGUGACAAAGAGGAUGCAGAAGGACAAGGCCCCUCAGAUGUGGGAGAAGUCAAUGAGCCGAGUCAGGAGAAGGAAAAGAAUGUCACAAAACGGAGGUUUGUAAUGCAGGAAUUGGUAGACACUGAAAAUGACUAUGUCAAGGACCUUGGGCUAGUUGUAGAUGGUUAUAUGGAAUACAUGAAAGAAAAUCCCAUUCCUCCAGAUAUGGAAGGCAAAGACAAAAUCGUUUUUGGAAAUAUUCACCAGAUUUACGAAUGGCACAAAGAAACAUUUUCUAUAGAGUUGGAAAAGUGUGUUGAUGAUGCACAAAAAUUAGGAACGCUGUUUACAAGAUAUGAACGGAGGUUGCAGAUGUAUGUCAAGUACUGUGAAAAUAAACCAAAGUCUGAGUUUAUAGUGGCAGAGUAUAUUGAUACAUAUUUUGAGGAAGUCAGACAGAAGUUAAAGCAGCGCCUUCAGCUUUCAGACCUCCUUAUCAAACCAGUCCAAAGAAUCAUGAAAUACCAAUUGCUGCUCAAGGACAUCCUGAAGUACACCGAGAGAUCAGGAGAACAAGCAGACACUCUGAAAAAAGCUCUCCACGUGAUGUGUGUGGUUCCUAAAGCAGCCAAUGACAUGAUGCAAGUGGGAAGAUUGCAGGGAUUUGAUGGGAGAAUCACAGCACAAGGGAAGUUACUCUUACAAGACACAGUAAUGGUUGCAGAGGUGGAAAAGAACAAAACUGAUCACAAGUUCAAAGAGCGACAUGUGUUUCUUUUUGAUCAGAUCACAAUAUUUAGUGAAAAAAUAGAGAGGAAGAAAGGAAAUUUCUCGAAUGCCAACUACAUUUACAAAAACAGUUUAAAGACAAACCAGAUGAUUAUGGAGCCCAAUAUACCAGAUGAUCCACUUCGAUUUAUGCUGACAGACAGAUCUCCUGGUUCUGAUGCUAAAUACCUCAUACAGUGUCCUAAUGAAGAAGUGAAAAGCAACUGGGUCUCUAGUCUCAAGUCAAUAUUGGAUAUGCAAGGCUUUUUUACCAUAGCUAUUACCAAUCCUACAAAAAUGCGGUCAACAGAUUUGUCAUCACCUGAUAUUUCAACAAACCCUUCCAAAGAUUACUCCUUGCACAAAUCUAUGUCUCAACCUCACCCGAAGAAUAAAACCAAUGGAACAACAGGCUCUCCUAACAGCACAGCCAGAUCUCAGUCUGUUCCAUCACAGUCAUCUAAACCAGAACUUGAGGAGUACACAAAUGACACAGCCCAGAAAUCCCCUGCCAAAUCUGAAAAGGGAGAUUUCUCUCCUAAACCAAAGAAAUCUGAAGGACACAAGUACAAAAAAUCAAACAGUGACUCUGUGUAUUCAGGAGACCUUGAGAACAAUGACCUUGGUGGGUCAAGGACUUCUGAAGGUUCUAGUAACCAUGUCAACAGCACAGACGAUCAACAGCCAGUGGGAAAUCUAGUGCACAUUGGCAAAGUUAUGUACGACUACCAAGCGGUUAAAGAGGACGAAAUCUCGGUGUCACGAGGGGAGAUUGUCCAAGUGGUGUGUUCUAACCAACAGAACAUGUUCUUGGUGUACCGGCCCGCCAAUGCCCAGUCCCCAGCGGCGGAAGGCUGGAUACCCAUGCAGGCGAUUGGCCCCAAAGAUGAAAGCAGUCUAAGGAAAAGUUCCUGGCAGCUUUUCAAAAUGAAAAUGCAAGGAUUGAGACCGGAAAGAAAAGCCCUAGAAGCGAACAAUUUGCCCGAGAGGAAGUGUAAAACUUUACCCAGAACCAACGAGCGAGAAAGGAAGGUCUGGUCUCAUGAUUUACUGUAUGAAAUGGUGCCGUCAGUUCUUCAGCCACUGACACCAAUUACAGUUCAGGCUGGGGACACUGCAGUACUCACGUGUAGAAUCUGCGGUAGACCCCGCCCAGAUAUCAAAUGGACUUUCCAGGGUAACACCUCUCUAAAUGUAGGACAACGCAUCCAAAUAUCCAGUAAUGAGGAUGGAUUUGUCACGCUCACGAUGAAAAGCAUUUCCUUAGCAGACAGCGGUGAAUAUUCGUGUAUAGCAUUCAGUGAACUCGGUUCAAUAACAACGAGCACCCACGUAACGGUUCUUUAUCGACCAGAACCACCGGGAAAGCCUGUCAUACGGAACCAAGUGGGGACCUCAGUUCACUUGGAAUGGUCCCCUCCCCCAACGCCAGUUUCCGGGGGUCAAAUUCAGGGAUACACCAUUGAACUGCGAGAGAGGGAAAUGGCGAUGUGGCAAGCCGCCAUUCCAUAUGUGCCAAAUACGUCACAGGUCAUCGGUGAUCUAGUGGCAGGUUGUGCAUAUCAGUUCCGUGUCAGCUCAAAUAAUAGUGUAGGCAUGAGUGAGCCUAGUGUUGAGUCCGAUUUUAUCAUCAUUCCGCAAGAAAACGAAUUAAUAGAAAAAGACGAUGGAACCAUGGCGGUAUGGAAGACAACUUUUGAUAACGAUUACAAAGAAGUAGAAGAUAUUGGAAGGGGAAGAUUUGCCGUUGUGAAGAAAUGUUUACAGAAGUGUUCUAACCAAUAUGUGGCUGUUAAAUACCUGAACAGGCGACAGACGCGGAAAGAGGAGGUGGAAAUGGAAUUCAACAUACUUCAGUCUCUGCAGCAUGAGAAUCUCGUGCAGUUGUAUGACCUGUACGAAACGGCUAGUAAUUUGCUCAACGUUAUGGAAUAUUUGGAAGUUGGGAGACUUUUUGAAUUCAUCUGUCAACGACAAAUUUUUGACGAACUUGAGGCCGCGGAUUACAUACGCCAACUUUUGUCUGCUCUCCAGUACCUUCACAACUGCAGAAUAAUUCACCUUGAUGUCAAGCCAGAGAAUCUGAUGGUACAGAAUGUGAUGGGUUCAGCCUGUCUAAAGCUUAUUGACUUUGGCGAUGCUCGGAUCGUAUAUAACAACCACUAUGUCCAUCAGUAUAUCGGUAAUGCAGAAUUCAGAGCUCCUGAAAUUAUUCGAGGACAAGCCGUUUCAACGCUUACAGAUUUAUGGAGUGUUGGCGUUAUUCUGUAUGUUCUGCUGAGUGGGGUGUCCCCUUUCUUGGAUGAGAGCCAGGAGGAAACAUGCGCAAACAUCAUCAAAAAUGACUUCUGUUUUCCGGAGGAAUAUUUCUCAGAAAUUUCAAACGAGGCUAUCGAUCUAAUCAAAGUCAUGUUGGUGGAUCAUAUACAAUCAAGACCAUCUGCUCAAGUUUGUUUAGAGAGCCUUUGGAUUCAUCGUGCGUCAAUACCCCGGUCGUCCGCAUCUCGUCCAAAGCCUAUAGCAACAAGCCGCCUCGUGGAUUUCAUUGAAAGGAAAAAACUGCAGGGAGAGGCUUGACUGAGGACUUCGAUUAAUUGACGGAUGGAGCUGCACGAGGUGUGAUAGUGAAUACGGAAGAAAAACUCUGAAUUUUUAUGAACUCUAUUUACGAUGUGAUUUGUCUUGAGAUGCAUAUAUUUCUUACCUCAAAUAAUUUCUAAUUAUUUAUAAAUGUUUAUGCUAAACAUC